AUGUCGGGCUGGUUCACUCUCUUCACAAACUGUCGUUAUGUGCUUGAUGGCCAACUCGUCGACGAUCAUCUCGUUAUCUCGGAUGAGACGGGUCUGAUACUGAAAAGAGAAGGCUACAUUGGAGGUGAAGCAGUUGACCUGGACGAUAACAUCAUUGCUCCUGGAUUUCUGGAGCUGCACACCAAUGGCGCCAAUGGAUUCCACUUUACGCAUUUUGAGGAUGAGAAGAGCUAUGGCAGGAAGGUAGAUGACAUCGCGAGGUACUAUGCAACACAGGGUGUUACUGGAUUCUGGGCAACGAUACCUACUGUGAAAGGAGAGGAGUUUCAAAGGAUCCUCCCAUCUCUGGCACCGCGAGAUAUUCCCAACUCUGCCUCCCUUCUAGGCGCUCACGUCGAAGGACCAUACCUGCACCCCACCAAGAAAGGCGCGCACAAUUCUUCCCUCUUCCAACCAUGCAGCACCCCAGCAUCCUCAAUCUACGGUUUCUCGAACCUCUCCUCAGCCGUCAAGCUAGCCACCAUCGCCCCCGAGCUCCCCGACUCCUCAACUCUCAUCAAAGACCUGGCCUCCCACGAUAUUCGCGUAUCAAUGGGUCACUCCACAGCCACGCUCGACCAAGGAUUGUCAGGACUAGAAGCAGGCGCAACAUGCCUGACCCACACCCUCAAUGCCAUGCCACCCUUCACAUCGCGUGACCCUGGACUCGCAGGCCUGAUAACCAUCCCCCCAACGCACGCCCCGCCACCACCGUACUACACUAUCAUCGCCGACGGCGAGCACCUGCAUCCAAACACCGUCUCGCUGCUGCAUCGCGCAAACCCCAAGCGCUCCAUCAUCGUCACGGACUCCAUUGAGUUGGCGUCCCUGCCCGACGGAAACCACCGGGGGCACGCGCAGAUCCCCUUCGAGCAGACGAAGAAAGGAACGCGUGCAACUAUCGCAGGUACCGAAACACUAAUCGGCGGCUGUAUCCCUCUACAAGAAAGCGUUCGCAACCUCAUGGCUUGGUCUGGGUGUGGGAUUGCGGAGGCGGUGGGGACGGUGACGGAGAAUGCCGCAGGGCUCAUGGGGGUUGAUGGGCAAGGUGGAAGAGGUGUUUUGAGGGAAGGGAGGAGGGCGGAUUUGACGGUGCUGAGUGAGGAGGGCGAGGUUCUUCAGACUUGGAUUGCGGGGCAUAAAGUUUGGGAUAGGGAGGAGGAUCUGGGUUUGGCGGAGGAGGAUAAGGAGAGGAGGGAGUAG